AUGAAGUCUACUCUUCUGGGAAGUGCGCUGGUCGCAUCCGUCUCUGCCGCAGCCCGAUCUGCUCCUCCUGACGGAGCAGUCACUGUGUGCUCCAACAGCUGUGACUACAGCAAAAUCCAAGAUGCCGUAGAUGCUACAUCGACUGGCAGUAUCUUCAUCUACAAGGGCACAUACACCGAGCAGGUCAAAAUCCCCUCAUCUACGAAAAACCUUGCCAUAUACGGAGAAACCACCGAUACUUCAUCCAACGCCAACAAUGUUGUCAGUCUCGAAUACAAGAUGAGCCAGGCCACCGGCGCCUCCAACAACGAGGCCACCGCCACCCUCGAUAACCAAGGUGCCAAUGUCUCCAUAUACAACAUCGACAUCAAGAACACCUACGGCAAGGGAUCCCAGGCCGUGGCUGUAAUGGCCUACAACAAGGCGCAGCAGGGCUACUACGGAGUCGGACUCUACAGCUACCAGGACACCUUUCUCACCUGGGAGGGAACCCAGAUCUUUGCGAAUGGAUACAUCGAGGGAGCCACCGACUUCAUCUUUGGGCGGGAGGGCUCGCUGUGGAUCACAAACUCAACUCUGGGGGUCGCAGGGCCAGGGUGUAUAACGGCGAGCGGCCGCACCAGCGAGUCCUCAGCCAGCUACUACGUGAUCACGGACUCCACCGUGACCAGUGCCUCCGGCGCCGAGGUGUCCGCCGGCGACGUGUAUCUUGGCCGUCCCUGGGGGGAGUACGCACGCGUGGCUUUCCAGCGCACCGAGCUGCCGGACCUCAUCAACAGUGCCGGGUGGAAGGCUUGGAACGACGACGACCCUCGCACUGAUUCUGUGGUGUAUGGGGAGAUCGACAACACCGGCGAUGGGGCGUCUGGUGAGCGCAAUUUCGAGACGAAGCUGAGUGCGGCGCUGGAAAUUGGCGACAUUCUGGGAAGCGAUUACGCCGACUGGGUGGACGCUGCUUAUAUCUGA